AUUUAUUUUAGAUAUUUAAAUUAUUUCUAAUAAUCUGAUAGCUUUUUUUUUCCCAUGAUGUGGGUUGAACGGAAAUGCUCCAUACCCAUCACAAACAUUCGGAAAUAACGUAGGCUAGCCAAUCAUAGAACUGUCAGAAAUGAGCGCGAACGUCAGUGUCAGUCAUAGCAACGAAAGCAGGCUAAGCUAAAAACAAAACAGAAAUAAGAUCAUGGAUAUAAGAAGAUUCCUCAAAAAGUCUGUGGAGGUUAACGAUUUGUAUGACAGUCAUCAGGCACCUUCGCCGAUCCAGCCUGCAGUGCCUUCAUCUGACCAAGGAGCGUCUGCUGACUCCAGCUCGGAAGAUCUUGGUACUGAAAAGCCAGCCCAAGUAAUUCUUCAGACGUACCCUAAACGCCUUUUCUCAGGGAAACCUAGAUCCUUCAGUACCGACUGGUACAGAAGCAGAGAGUGGCUGGAGUACUCGGUCAAAAGAGACGCAGCGUUUUGUUUUCCCUGCCGUAAAUUUCGUACCUCGUCGUCCGCGGACACGACAUUUACUCUGAGUGGGUUCCGGGAUUGGAAGCAUGCCGUGGAAAGGGGAAAGGGACUUAAUAAACACGGGGAUUCAAGGGACCAUCUGACCUGCGAAGCUAUGUGGAGGGAGAAGGAGAAGAGAAGGGAAACUGGUCAAGAAAUAUCCACCCUACUCAACGACGAUCAGCUGGAGCGGAACAGGUAUUACUUGUCAUCCGUAAUAGAUGUCAUAGAAUUCCUGUCCGUAAACCAGCUGCCGUUCAGAGGUGACCAUGACUCCUUUGACAGCAGGGAUGAAAGUGGCUGUGGAUUGUUUUUGUCUCUCUUCGAAUACACCUUGAGAAAAGACCCCAAGUUAGCCAAGAUAGCCCUAACUAUGCCACGCAACGCUAGAUACACCAGCCACGAAAUCCAGAACGAAAUAGUUGACAUUAUGUCUACUAUGGUGACGGAGCACAUCGUGCGGGAGGUCGGAGAAUCCUUCUACACCAUUAAGGCCGAUGGCACGCGAGAUCCUACUGGGAGAGAGAACAUUUCGAUCGUUCUGCGCUACAUCAAUGGUCUCCUGGAGCCAACUGAACGCCUUCUGACCAUCGCUACAUUGGAUGAGGGGGAUGCUGCCACACUGACAGAUUGCAUCAUUGGCGAGUUGACCAAAGCAGGAUUAAGCCCACACAAAAUCAUCAGCCAAGUCUAUGACGGCGCCUCCCUGAUGUCAGGUAAACAUGGUGGAGUGCAAAAGCUUCUGCAGAGAAAAUUGUGCCGUGAGAUACCCUAUGUGCACUGUUUUAAUCACCAAUUACAUCUGGUGAUCACCCACGCCCUGUCGGGAGAGCAGCUACUGGUGGAUUUUUUUAAUGCAUGCAAUAUGCUUUACAAAUUCUGCCGUAAACCAACUGUGGCCAUCCUCUACAAGGGCGAGCGAUUGAAGCGGCUCCUAGAUCAACGGUGGACGGGUCACCUAAACACCGUCUCAGCCAUUCUUCAGUCCUUUGAUGACCUGGUAGCAUUGCUCAAAGAUAUCGACGGGAAGAGAAGUUGCGGUGCUGAGGUGCGCGUCGAAGCCUCGGGGCUACUGCGCAUUAUGGCUGAGCCGAGCUUUCGCUUUAUUGCUGAGAUGGUUCACCGUAUACUCUCAUUCCUGGAUCCCCCCAAUGCCAUGCUGCAGAGAGAGGACAUGGAUCUACUCACUGGCGCACAACUCGUCAAUUCAGCGUGUGCUUGCAUCGAGAAUCUGCGGGAGGAAACGGAAUUCAAGGCCCUAUUGGAGUGCUGCCAGGGUACAGAGCCGGUGGCGAAAAGAAGGCGCACGCUGAACCCAGCGUUUGACAUGUAUGUCGUGGAGGCCAGAGUGACGCAAGACGACCCAAAUAGCGAAGACCAACUGCGAAGGUUAUUCUUCAGCUGCAUCGAUGCUGUCUGUGGGGAAAUCCAAGCGCGUUUUGGGGAGCGCAACUGCACCAUCAUGCACGGACUGAAAGCCUUGGACCCAAAUGAUCCCACUUUUCUGGACAUCUCCAAAAUACGCCCUCUACUAGCACUCAGCAACACAACCGCUGUCGACACAGAGUUCACCGUUGCGAAACAAUUCUUGCACGGGAGGAUGGAAGACACAUCUCCACCUGAUGGGGGUGAAUGGACGGCGAGGAAAGUUUUAAAACAUUUCCACCCAGCACUUGAGGCUAUGCCAGGCGUGAUCACAGCUCUGAAACAUGCUCUGACUUUUGGCGCAAGCACUGCUGUCUGUGAGAACUCUUUUUCCACUCUCAAGAAUGUUUUCACCGACCACAGACAAAGCAUGCUGCACAAACGUAAGGCCAAUUUAAUAAAACUGGCCUUCGAGAAGGACUUGACCAAAAAAUUCAGGGACGAAUGGAGGGACGCUGUCUUGCGAAGAUUCCACGCAGCUGCACAUCGUCGCCUACCACUUUACUGAGGAUAAAGAAGACCAUGCCAAGAACAACGAGCAGCAUCCCCAGCAGCAUCCCCAGCAAGCUCUGUGUUCUGUGACACACUCACAAGGGUGUAGGCGGAUCGCUGCCCUAACACACACACACACACACACACACACACACACACACACACACACACACACACACACGACACGCUGAACCAGUGGAAGACACGCUGAACCAGUGGAAGACACGCUGUACCAGUGGAAGAAGUACCAAUAGUGGACAGUGAUUCUCAAACUAUGGGCUGUGGCCCUCUGUGUUCUGUGACACACUCACAAGGGUGUAGGCGGAUCGCUGCCCUAACACACACACACACACACACACACACACACACACACACACACACACACACACACAAGACACGCUGAACCAGUGGAAGACAGUGAAGUGGACAGUGAUUCUCAAACUAUGGGCUGUGGCCCUCUGGUGGGCCGUGAUGGUAUGGUAGGUGGGCCAGAGGUCCUAAAUAUAAUAUACUCACAUGUUGUUUAGUUCUCUUAUGUCUUGUGUGCGUCCAGAAACGUGAGUACACUUAUUUGGAGUUCUUAUGUGUUAUAGUGUACUAAUGGGCAGGAUUUAUGCACAGGGGAAAACAUUGUGUCUGAAUGAUUCAUUUAAUGUUGUUUAGUUUACAGUAAGUUAUAUCACGAAAGUGAGUAUAC